CUAUUUCGUUGACCAUUUGAAGUUUAUUUUCCAUCUAAAGCUUAUUUGUUUCAUAAAGAAGAAAGCUUAUCUUCCACAAGAAGAGUUUUUUUUCCCAACUGGUUUAGCAUUUCCAUUAUUAUUCUCUAUUUGGAUGACCGCGACCAAAGUUCCUAGAAACUUUAGAUUACUUGAGGAGCUUGAAAGGGGAGAACACGGGGUAGGUCAAGGAAGUAUUAGUUAUGGCUUGGCUGAUGGCGAUGAUGUAACGUUGUCCAAGUGGAACGGUACCAUUUUGGGGCCGAUAAAUACGGUUUUUGAGAAUCGUAUAUAUACAGUUCAGUUAUAUUGUGGGGACAAGUACCCCGACGAUCCUCCUGCAGUUCGUUUUGUUUCUAAGAUUAACUUGACCUGUGUAGAUAAGCAUACUGGACGCGUGGAUCCUACCAAAUUUCAUCUCUUGAAGAGUUGGGAUCGAAACCAGAGAAUUGAGAACAUAUUACUAGCGUUAAGAAGAGAGAUGGCUGCUCCGUAUAAUAGAAAACUUCCACAACCUGCGGAAGGAACUUUCUUUUGAUGGGCACUUUUUCUGAGCUAAUAUUGUAGACUUGUGUCCCUCAGAAACUUUUAUAAAGCUCGGAAUUUGGUACGAGAGAAUUCGUCCAUCAGAGUAAACCUCAUUCACACAUA